AUGUACGUGGGCUAUGUGCUGGACAAGGACUCCCCCGUGUAUCCAGGCCCCGCCAGGCCCUCCAGCCUCGGUCUGGGCCCUCCGGCCUACGCGCCCCCAGGCCCGGCGCCCGCACCCCCGCAGUACCCCGACUUCGCGGGUUACACGCACGUGGAGCCGGCGCCCGCGCCCCCUCCGACCUGGGCCGCGCCCUUCCCUGCGCCCAAGGACGACUGGGCAGCUGCAUAUGGCCCGGGCCCCGCGGCCCCCGCCGCCAGCCCGGCCCCGCUGGCCUUUGGGCCCCCUCCGGACUUUAGCCCGGUGCCAGCGCCUCCCGGGCCUGGUCCUGGCCUCCUGGCGCAGUCCCUCGGCGGCCCGGGUGCACCGUCCUCGCCAGGAGCUCAGAGACGGACGCCCUACGAAUGGAUGCGGCGCAGCGUGGCGACCGCAGGCGGUGGUGGCAGCGGUAAGACUCGGACCAAGGACAAAUACCGAGUGGUUUACACAGACCACCAGCGCCUGGAGCUGGAAAAGGAGUUCCACUAUAGCCGGUACAUCACCAUCCGACGCAAGUCCGAGUUGGCUGCUAACUUGGGGCUCACAGAGCGGCAGGUAAAAAUCUGGUUCCAGAACCGUCGAGCCAAGGAGCGCAAAGUGAACAAGAAGAAACAGCAACAGCAGCAGCCACUGCCUCCCUCGCAGCUACCCCUGCCCCUGGAUGACAACCCCACACCAUCAGGGCCACCCCUGGGUAGUCUAUGCCCCACCAAUGCUGGCCUUCUGGGUACCCCCUCCCCAGUGCCUGUCAAGGAGGAAUUUCUACCCUAG